AUGGACUCUCGGGGACCAGUCCCUCAGCCUUUCCAGCAGCUUGAGAAACCUGGUCGUAUCCGCCGUCGCAAAACUAGGAGGGAACGAAACAAGGCCCUAGUGAGCAGCCAUCGGCCACUGGCUCGUCAGGAUCCUCCGAUGUCUAGUCGGGAGCCAUCUGCAAUCCUCCAGGAUCCUGGGGCCUCUGCAGCUCCCAAGCUUGUAGUCAUAACUCAAGGCAGGUUGAGCCGGGAGCACCGGGGUCUCUUCAGUCAUGAAGUGAAAUCCCUGGAUGUGGCCCGGUUGCUUAACAGUGGCUCCUUGGAACCAUGUACCCCCCUGCCAUCCACCAAGUCUUCCUGUAGCCCUGUCAGAGGCAAGGAGAACCAGGUACCCGGAGGCUCAGGCUCGGGCCCACCAAGUUCCCCAGAACUCCCUGUGUUGGGAAAACUGCUGGAGGAACUUCAGUGCCAGCUGAUUCUGCCCCAGGCCUUUCCCAGGAGGAACCUAGUGCAGGAGUCCAGAGAUGUCAUAAUAAGAACCUUGCAAGGCUGCCAUGGCUGUGUGCCUGAUCUUGCCCUGGUGCUCCGAGGUUGCCAGUCACCCUUGCCUGAGACGAAACCCAGGACACCUGAGAGACAGAGGACAACAUCUUCUGGUGUCCACGUUCCUGAGCAUGCUCCAAGGGAGGGGAGGCAAAGGACUCAACAGGGGGCAAAGAGGCUUAACUUUGCCAUGCCUCAUCUAUGUGGCAGUGGCAGCACCGCUUCACACAGGGCCAGCCUAGUGCCCCCUACAGAUCACCAACUGCCAUUCUUCCCCUCGGUGUCCUCACCAUCUGGGGCAGCUUGGGGUCCCCCAACAGCUUUUGAUAUGCUGAAAAGCAUCUGGCUCAUAGCCACACCACCCCAUCCUCAGCCCUGGGAUGCCUGCCCACCUCAGCCCCUGCCUCAGCCACCAUCACCCUUGUUGCCCCGAACAUCUGCCUUGGACUGGAGCCCUGACCCUCCUGCCCCACUACUCAGCCUUUCCUGGGUGGUGACUCGGAGAAGUCCAGAGGCUUGGUCCUUCCCCCCAAUGAAACUCUACUGA